UUCGUUGUGUCCUGUCUCCGUGUCUCUGAUAUCUGAUGGUGCUUCCUCUGCUGGGUUGUGCCACUCUUCUCUAUAAAUUCCUUCAUCUCAUCCUCCUGGUGGCACUUUGACGCUUUGUUUACGCUCACAGCUACUCGAACAGACAUGAGGACCGUUGGCUGGAAUAUUCUCACUUUUGCCUUUGCCUUGACCUCAGCUCAGGGACCGAAGGAAUGCUCCUCUCCGCUGGAAUAUCCCAACAUCAGACUGUCCAGCAGAUACAGCAGCAGGAACAAGUUCAGCAGCGGAGAGAAAGUUUAUUAUAACUGCGCAGAAGAUUUCACUCCAUCCACAGGCAGCCGAGCUGCGGAGUGUAAAGGAGGAACCUGGACCAGACUCACUCUGAAGUGUGAAAAGAAGACCUGUGGAUAUGCCAAUGAUCUACUCCAUGGGCAGCUCCACUAUGAGGGGAAUUCAUACAUCGGGGAGAAAGUUUAUGCUACAUGCAAUGAGGGAUAUACUCUGAAAGGACCGAAAUACAUGAUUUGCCAGGUGUCUGGGUGGAUUGGUGAAUUCCCAACUUGUGAAGAAGAAAAAACAAUCCCGUUUAAUGUCACAUCAUCAGAGGGAGAGACGACCUGCUCCACUCCAGCAGUCACCAACUCCGUAGAGAGAGCAGUUGUUGUUUCUGAGUACCGGGUCGGAGAAACCGUGAGCUUCACCUGCCAGCAGGGUUUCAGUCUGGAUGGAGCUCAGCAGAUCAAAUGUGGCUCCGAUGGCCAGUGGCAGCCUGAACCUCCUAAAUGUCUUCUUUCCCUGGAAAAAACUCCGUCUGCUGGCAAUGAAACAGGUGGAUGUGGUGUGCCACAAAAUGUCCAGAACUCCAACGCCAACCUUGCAGACAAAUACAUCACCAUGACAUCUUUUCCCUCCGGUGACAAAGUCUAUUACACAUGUGAUGUUGGAUACACUCCAGUAGGAGGCAGCAAGGUUCGCUUCUGUAGGAAUGGAAAGUGGACACCGCUGAGGCUAAAGUGUGAACGGAAGUCUUGUGGUUCUGCAGGAGAGAUUGAAAAUGGACGCUUUGUUUAUUCUGGAGCAGAGUUUGGAGAUACUGCUACAGCCAUCUGUGAUGAGGGGUACAUUCUUGUAGGACAAGCAAGAAGAAACUGCAUGAGUAACGGCUGGGAUGGACGUAUUCCUGUUUGUGAAGCUGUGGACUGUGAUGUACCUCCAGUGGUGAAAAACGCAGAAAUCAAAGGCCCUCAUGAGCCACCUUAUACAUACAGGACUGCGAUUCGCUACCAUUGUCGUGUGGGAACCCUCAUUGGGCAAAAGGAGAUUUGGUGCACCGAGAAUGGGACGUGGAGCACACCUCCAGCAUGCCACGAAAUUACAUGUCGACCACCAAAUGUGCCCAACGCCUUCUGGAUGAGAUCUCAGAACCGGUUUUUCCGGCCCCAGGACACCAUAUCAAUCGACUGUAAACGUGGCUACACGAUGAACGGACCGAACUCCAUUACCUGUCAUAUAGACGGCCAAUGGUAUCCCCGUCUACCUGAGUGUCGACGCAGUUCACGUCGUCAGUCCCACAGGAGGGGAUAAUAUGCCAGCGGAAACAUGUCAGCACUAUAUUCAGUCAGUCCUCAUUAAACUAUUCAACUGCAACAAGUGGAGGAUGAAAUAAUCUCAUUGUCUCUAAACUAGCAAUAGAUUUCCUCCAAAAUGACUAUUCUUAAAAACACAACUUUAACUAAUGCACUGUGAUAUAUUACGCCUCUACAACCUGUAUAUCAUCAUUAUAUCAUAAUACAGACAUUAAAAUAUGUUUGAGAUGAA